CGUUAAUUGCCACAGGGGUGUUUUGUUUGGCGUUCGACGCAGACUGAAAAAAAAAAACACAGUUCGAGAAAGAAUAGACGCUGACCAAAUUCAUCCACUCGCACCAAUUCCACAACAUGACAGCCACGGUAGUAAAAAAGGAGGGGGGCACUGAUACAACCCCUCCCCCCCUCGAUCCACAAGGGGAAAACGCCCCCACCACCGUCCCUAUCAAACAGGAAGAUUCCGGGUCGUCCAUGAACGGAUCGGCCUCCAACACGCGGACGCAUAUAUCUCCGAGCGCAAGUGCUCCCAACCUGCCCGCCAUGACGGCACCCCUGCGCCAACCGAGUCUCCUGGCUCCGUCCGGAUCUUCCGCAUCGCUGAGCGCCCAGGCAAUGCACCCCUCCUCUUCGUCGAAUUCCCUGAGCAGCGCCCAGGCUGCCGCUUCUACCACGCAUUCCCAGCACGCCCCUCCCUCCCUAUUGGGGGGGCAGGUACUGCACCAUUCCUCUGGAUCGCUGGGAUCCCAGGUCCUGCACCCCUCUAACGCCUCGCUGUCGUCUUUGCACCACGGUUCACCAAGCUCCCUUCAUCCCCCCGCAAUCCUGCCCUCGUCCCACUCACUUGGUGCCCUGUCAUCGCACGGCCCGCCGCCAUCACUUGGGAGUCAGCCGGCACACUCCUCGACGAGUAUUUUGAAUCCGGGCGUUCCCAGCAUGGACCCCAUGGACAUGUCGUCCCUCCAGUCGUCCAUUCGGGACGACAUGGACGCAAAGCUCAAUGAAUUGCUAUCAAGGCACGGCAAGGGCGAAGAGAACAGCAAUGGAAACAAGAGCGCCCCCGAUCCGAGGGACCAACUGCGGGCCAUGUACCUGGCCGGAUUCCAGGCGGCUGCCAAUCGGCAAAAUCCAUUGCAGGCACCAGCCCCACUGCCAAUGCCGCAUCCCGUCAACGCCUUCCACCAGAACUCGCUGCGGGAGAGCUUCAACCGAGCACAGAACGGGACUGCUAACGAUCUUGAUCCACAACAGCAGCAGCAUCACCAGCAGCAAGUUCAGGUCGGGGCUCAGGCCGUCACACCGCCAUCACACCCAGUCGCAGCACCACCGCCACCGCCACCGGCCGUUCUGGUCCCCGUCGCUGGCGGCAUGGCGGCGGGUGUCAUCAAGAUGCAGCCCGGAUUGUCAACGAGUCCAGGAGCAGGCUUUGGAACAAGUCCCAAUCUGAACCGAUCGAACUCCAUGACACGAUCGCAGAACCGUGGUCGGGGAGGAUCGGUCUCGCCCGCCCUGUCCGCAACGUCGGCGGGAUCUAGUUCCUCCACGGGGCACUCCAAUCCGUUUCCGCGCAAGCUCAUGGAGAUGCUGAGCAAGGAGGAUGCCAAUGUGGUCUGCUGGCUUCCGAAGGGAGAUGCAUUUAUGGUGCGGGACCCCGAUUUGUUCGUCACCGACAUCUUGCCGCGGUACUUUCGUCACACGAAACUGACCUCAUUCCAGCGGCAGCUCAACUUGUAUGGGUUUCGUCGUGUGACCAAGGGCCCCGAUGCGGGUGCCUACCGACACGAAUCCUUCCACCGAGAUCAUCCCGAUCGGUGCCUACAGAUGAAGCGAACGAAGCAAAAAGGAUCCGGAUCGCCGCAGCUGAAGCCGUCGCCCCGAUCGGGACCGAGGAGCGCCAAUGCGUCGCCGCUGACGACGCCGGGAUUGUCCCCACAGGCUUCCCCAGGCUCCCUCGUCCUGGAUUCUCCAGCGGGCCAGCCGCCCACCAAUCUCGUUCUGAGGUACGUAGUACGCUUUGUUUUUAGCUGGACUCGUGACGUGUAUUGUCAUGAUUGGAUUGGUCGUGCCCAUGCAGUUUUCGGGUUUCUCACGUUUGUCGUUUUUCGGUUCCCUUCUCUUCUCUCGAUUCCACGCGAAACCACAGCUCGAGGCAACCCCAGAGCCAGGGCGAGCAACGCCAGGCCCACUUCCGAAGCGAUGCCCACGCGAAUCCCCAGAGCGCCAACGCCCAGCCCCAGACCGGGUUGGGGAUUCUCAUGAACAACAGCGCCGGGGCCGCCGCCAAGAACGCCACCGCCACAUACGCGACGAACCUCACGCCGGAGCAGCAGGUGCGCCUCCAGACGGACCUCGCGGACCGGGAGCAGCAAGCGAGUUCGCUGGCCGCCGCGGGUCUGGUGGCGGACAACACGGUAGGCUACGCGCAGCCCUCCGGGCAGGUCCUGAAGGCACCCCCGGCCCUGGGCGGAAUGUCGGUUCCGAGCAUCGGGCCCGCUUCCGCCGUGCCACUGUCGUCGUUCUCCGCCCAGAACGAUGGAAGCCACGCGACGGCACAGAGACAAGCCGUGCCGAACCCCACCGCUCUCUCUUCGACGAACGGGGGCGUCCCCCACAUGGAGAGCAUCAACUGGAACCUAGACGUCGACAGCGCCGGUGCGAUGCUGGGAUCGGGCCUGGACGACAUUGACAUGGAUUUCGCUACCUUGUUCGAUUCGGAGGAAGCUGCCCUUGCGAAGGAAACCACAUAGCCCGGCCCGUUGCUUUGUCUCGUGUUGUUUCGCACCUCUUUCUGUCGUUGUCCUCUACGCAGCGGUGGUUUCCGCAACAAAACCACACCGUUUAC